AUGCGACGUAUCAUAGUCAUGGGCGACGGUACCUGGUGCGGCCGGGAGACUGGCACGCAGUCCAAUAUCUACCAUCUCGCGAGGUUUUUUGAUAUCCGCAUUGACAAUUUGAAUCUGGAAGACGAAUACACCCGGACCACCCCUACCAUUGCUGCGCGAUACCGCCAUGGCGUUGGCCUCAAGAGCACGUUCCUCGACUACCUCUUCAACGGUGUGACCGCACAGGACCUCGCGGCUGAGUGCAUCUCCGCCUACAAGUUCAUCGUGCAUCACUACAAAGACGGCGACGAGGUCAUGCUCUUUGGCCUCAGCCGCGGCGCGUAUACGGUGCGGUGCGUGGCUGGGAUGAUCAACAACUGCGGUAUCAUCCGGAAGCCUGCGACAGACACCAGGACAGACCUGCUCUGCGACGAAGUAUAUCGCUUGUACCGCUCUCGGUACCACGUCAAUGCGCCACAUUCCGAACAGUCAGUCAACUUUCGCGAGCGCCAUUCCUGGCCCCUGAUCGGCGACGAAGCAAAGGAUGAACCGCCCCGCCGCCCACCCGUUCGGUUCAUGGGCUUAUUCGACACCGUAGGCUCGCUGGGCAUUCCGACCUUUACGGGGGGCGUCGGGCUCGACUGGCCCGAGUUCUACGACCAAAACGUAUCCUCCGUCGUGGAGGAGGUGUAUCACUUGGUUUCGCUGCAUGAUCGCUUUUGGGUGUUCCAGCCCUGCCUCGCGAGCCGAAAGGACAACUCCAAGUCAAACAUUCACGAGGAAUGGAUCCCUGGUGUGCAUUACGAUCUGGGCAGGCAGCGAUUUCGCUUCCUUCGGAUCGGAGCCGGCUGGCUGGAGAGCUGGCUGGGACGCUGGAGCUAUGCCAGCAAGGUCAUUGAGCCAAAUCAAGUCCUUGCCGACUCGGCCCUGCUGAAGAUGCUGAAGCGCGUUCAACAGGUCACACCAGACGGCAGCGUCAUGACAGAAGCAGCCAUGGAUGAUGCGCUUGGGCAAUUGCAGCGAGGCAUGACAGCGUCUAAACGCGCAGUCGGGGAUGGCGACGUGUAUGGCAAAGUCGCGCACUAUGCACCAUUUGGAGAGCGGCUUGGUGGGCUGUUGCUCGCUUUAUUCAAGAGCGCACCUGCUAUUUGGACGUUGCUGUUUGCCUUGAGGGAUCGUCUUAUUCCUCACGCUGAUGCGGACGUGUCCCGCUUCAAUGUGCCUGGUAUCGAUGGUCGGACUUUGGCAGACCUUGCUGGGGUGGAUGACCAAAGGUACCCAUCCAAAACGCUUGAGUCGUGGCAGUUGAGGAGGAACUAG